AAAUCGAUUUUCUGGUUUCUUUCUUUCUCACUUUGUGGAAAAGAUUGCUUUAGCUUCUUUUUGUUUUUUAUCCCUUUUGGCCGGAGUUCCGAAUUGUGAAGAGAACCUCACUUAGAGUUACGUAUAUCUUUGAUGAUCUGUCGAUACAUACGAGUAUACUAUUUUGCCUAACGUUAUUGCCGAUUAAAUUUAUAAAUAAGAAUGUCUGCCAGUAGUGAUUCCGAGGAAUUUUUCGAUGCCGAAGAUGAUACAACUACUAAUCGGGUUGUUAGGAAAAGUAAAAAUAGAGACUCGAUCAGUACAGAAUCACCAGAUGAGAAGUUUUCAACUCCAACUGGAAAAGCAGAUAGUCACAUUUUUGUCAAACCAGCUGAUCCAAAGCUACCGAUCGAAAUUAGUGAAAAAUUACCAAACGAAGAAUUAGAACGUAAACAGAGCAUUGAAAAAACUGAUGAUGAAACAAAAGGAGCUGGAGCAGAUAAAAUAAUUGGUAGACGAAAAUUUCGAGAAUUGAGGCAACGUAUGCAAACAGAAGAUGACGAUAUUCCUGUUAAUAAUUCUCCUCCGGAUAGUCAAACUUCUUCCAUAGAAGGAAUAUUUCCAACGCCUUCAAAAACUUCUCAUCCUUUUAGAAUUAUUGAACAUGACACACUGAGCUUGCAAAGUAUGACUUCCUUAGGCCGUGUUGGUCGGAUAUUAGCUGGAUCAUCGGAUAAUACUUCACAGAUUCUAGGUUCAGUAACGAGUAUUUUACCUAGAGAUGUUCAAAUGUCAACCAUACACAGUAGUUGUAAUAAAGAUGAGGAUACAAUUUCUGAUAAAUUAUCCCAAUCAUCAAGUGUAAUUACAUUGUCCGGAGAAGGUGUUAAAGAAAUAAAUUUAAAUGGUAAAUUUGAUCAAUCAUCUUCCAUGGAAUGUGAUAAAAAUAUAGGUUUUCAAGAACCAGACGUUAUUGCUAGUACUAAAUCCAAUGGGAAAGUUGCUGAAACUCAAGUCAUUCCUAAUAAAAUUCCAGUUGCUCCACCUCGACGUAAAAAAAAAAUAAAAUCUCAAACACCAAACGAUCUAGUUCCAGUAAACAAGGAUAUUUUAAUGUCAACGUCAUCUUUACCUAGUCCAGCUAGUACUAUAGAGUCUAUAACUAGAGAAUUUGAACAUUCUCUUGACAUAAGAUCAGCCACUAAAGGACAGUAUGUUGUUAAGCCACAGGAUGAAGAUAGAGCAAAAGCAGAAGGCCCGUCUAAUGAAGAGCUUGAGAGAAUAGCAAAAAUGAAAGCUGAAUUAAUGAAUAUACAUUCUAGUGAUAAAUCUAAUAGUCCAUUGGGUUCGAUAUCAAGUAAUAGUAUUGGUCGACAUUCUUUAGGACCACAUAAAAUUUCAAGUUUAAAUUCACAAGGUACCAGGGAAAGACGGAAGUCGGCUGGUGAUCAGGAUUUGGUAAAACAAUUAAAUAUGUUUGUAAGAACUAGGACUGAUUCGGGAAAACGCCUUACUGAUAUGGAAAUCCUUGAACAAGUAACCGUGCUAAAUCUUGACACAGGUGAGCGGGUACCUCUAAGCAUUGCCGAGGAUAAGUUGCCUCAAUGUAUAAAUCCUUUGUCACUUCACAUAAUGCGAUUGACGUCUGAGUACAUUAGUAACUCAAGUCUAGAGAAAGAGAAGGAAAGCGACGAGGAGAGUGUUGAUAGUAAGAUGUCGAGUAUACCACCUGACGAAGAUGUUACCGUUGGUCGCGUACGUAAACGAACUCAAAAAUUAAGACGUUUUUUCGGAUCAACGGUAAAAAAGACUAUGGAUAAGGCCAAAUCCAUAGCUCAAGAGGUCUCACAUGCCCGACAUAAAGAGGAUGUAGAUAUUGUCGAUGAGGUCUAUUUAGGUGAACAGCAGUGUAUCAAACUGAAAGCGUCCAACAGUCAUAAAGGUCCUUACGAAUUCUAUUGCCUUCAGCACGUACAAGACUUGAGUGGCGAGCACACUGGUCCAGUUUGGUGUAUGAAGUUCUCGGCUUGUGGUAGAUUACUCGCCACUGCGGGACAAGAUAGGGUUCUUAGGAUCUGGGUAUUGCGCGAUGCAUUCGCCUAUUUCCAGGAUAUGCGAACUAAAUAUAAUGCCGAGAAAGUUAGUCCGACACCUUCGCAGGAGUCGCUCGUUUCACAGCAGUCGAUGGAAGACCCACAUACCCUUGCAAGUGGAUUCGGUGAGGUUGAUAGUAGCAAGGGCCCUUUUAUGCCCAAACCCUUUUGCAAAUACACCGGGCAUACAUCUGAUCUCCUCGAUGUUUCUUGGUCUAAGAAUUACUUUGUCCUUUCGUCCUCAAUGGAUAAGACGGUUCGUUUAUGGCACAUUUCACGCAAGGAGUGCCUCUGCUGUUUUCAGCACAUCGAUUUUGUCACAGCCAUAGUUUUUCAUCCUCGUGACGAUCGUUACUUCCUUUCCGGCUCGCUCGAUGGUAAACUUCGUUUGUGGAAUAUACCAGAUAAAAAGGUGGCCGUAUGGAACGAAGUCGAUGGUCAAACAAAGCUUAUUACUGCAGCAAAUUUCUGCCAGAAUGGAAAAUUUGCAGUCGUCGGUUCGUACGACGGCAGAUGUAUAUUCUAUAUAACGGAUCAGCUAAAGUAUCAUACGCAGAUACACGUACGCUCGACUAGGGGCAAAAAUUCUACAGGAAGGAAAAUUAGCGGUAUCGAACCAAUGCCUGGCGAAGAUAAAAUACUCGUAACCUCUAAUGAUAGUCGUAUUAGGUUGUACGAUUUGCGCGACUUAAACCUCUCGUGCAAGUAUAAAGGAUACGUGAACGUAAGCAGCCAGAUAAAAGCGAGCUUCAGUCCGGAUGGUCAGUAUAUAGUGAGUGGCUCGGAGAACCAAUGCAUCUACAUUUGGAAGACGCAUCACGAUUAUUCUAAGUCGCUACGUCGCGAUCGCAAUGACUUUUGGGAGGGCAUCAAGGCCCAUAACGCCGUCGUUACUUGUGCCGUAUUUGCGCCGAAUCCCGAUAGCAUUAUCAGGCAGAUCGAAGCUCGUGAACAACAACUUGAAAGCAAGAUUGCGGAAAGCGGCAGGACCGCUGAGAGCGUAAGCACCGAUGCUACGCCCGUUGACCCGGUCGUUGAGCAGCGUACCAAGGGCUGCGGUGGCCAUGUCCUUGUCAGUGCCGAUUUCACCGGCUGUAUCAAAGUGUUCCUCAAUAAAACCAAGCCAAAGCAUAGUUCGUUGCCAGCCUCUGCGCUCGCUUAAAACCUCAAGGUUUAUUUUACUUUUUACUAAUGGAAAGAAAGUACGAGCUUGAUGCUUGAAAACGAAUGACAUAAAGGCGCAUUCACUUGACCGAUACUA